AUGGCCGGUUUUUGUGAGGACAAACAGCUGUGCCUUUACCUAUAUGGGGGGCUAGCACUGGGAGGGCUUCUGUUCCUGGUUGUGGUCAUUCUGUCCACCUGUCUGUGUUGGCUCCAUUGUAGAGUAAAGAGGCUGGAGAAGAGCUGGGCCCAGUCCUCAGAGCAGGAACUCCACUAUGCAUCUCUGCAGAGGCUGCCAGCACCAGGAGGUGCUGAAGGGCUGGGCCUUGGUGACAGAGAUGGAGAUGAUGCCAAGGAGGGCCUUAGUACUGAGUAUGCCAUCAUUGCCAAGAAAAAACCCAGCUGA